AUGAAUGCCCUCAAUUUUCCUUGCCAUCUUCUCGCAGUCAAGGGCAAGGCUUUAUUUUUGAAACGUGUUAUAACAAGAAAUAGCCAGUUCCAAACUGAAGGCUCAGUUGUUAAUUACAAGAAAAUAUUAUGUAAGCAUGUGCGUAAUGCUGGAAAUUCCUUAGGUGAAUUGCAAACUGAGGAUACAAAAUACCUGCUAGAUGGGGAAAACAUUAAGGUAACUCGAACGAAGAAGACAAGGAAGUUGGUAGAGAAGAUCAAAGAUAUGUUGAAUGACAUGAAAGAUGGAAGGUCAAGUGUAUCACCCUAUGACACAGCAUGGGUUGCCCUAAUUAAAGAUAUAAAUGGAAAUGAUAGAACACAAUUUCCAUCUUGUCUUAAAUGGAUAAUAGAAAAUCAACACAGUGAUGGUUCAUGGGGAGAGCAAUUUGUCUUUUGCAUUUACGACCGCCUAUUGAACACAUUGGCAUGUGUUGUUGCUUUAACAACAUGGAAUACAACACCUGAGAAGAGAAACAAAGGUGUAUUGUUUAUAAAGGAAAACAUAUGCAAACUAGAGAGAGGGAAUGUUGAAAACAUGACAUGUGGAUUUGAAAUUGUGUUUCCUGCUCUCUUGGACAAAGCUCAACAUUUAGACAUUGAUAUUCCAUAUAAUGCUCCUGUCUUGAAGAAUAUAUGUGCAAGGAGAGACAUGAAAUUAAAAAGAAUCCCUAAGGAUGUUGUGCAUACAAUUCCAACAACAUUAUUGUUUUCACUAGAAGGAUUUUGUGACUUAGAUUGGAAAAGACUUUUGAAGCUUCAAAUGCAAGAUGGUUCAUUCUUAACAUCUAUUGCUUCAACUGCCUUUGCUUUUAUGGAAACAAAUGAUCCAAAUUGUUUGAGAUAUCUUCAAAGGGUUGUUAAAAAAUAUAAUGGAGGAGCUCCACAUAGUUACCCAGUAGAUAUGCAAGCGCGAUUAUGGGCAAUUGAUCGAUUACAACGCCUUGGAAUUUCUUAUUAUUUUGAGGAAGAAUUCAAGGACAUGUUAGAUCAUGUACAAAGAUACUGGAAUCAAGAUAUUGGAAUUUUUAGUGGAAGGAAUUCAAACUUUUGUGACAUUGAUGAUACAUGCAUGGCUAUUAGGCUUCUAAGGUUAUAUGGAUAUGAUGUUAAACCAGAUGUGCUCUACAAAUUCAAAGAUGGUGAUAAUUUUUUUUGCCUAAUGGGUGAAACAGACAAGUCCCCAACAGCUAUGUACAAUCUCUAUAGAUGCUCUCAAGUUUCAUUCCCAGGAGAGAAGAUUCUUGAAGAUGCAAACAAAUUUACCCAUAAUUUCUUGCAACAUUGUUUGUCAAAUAACCAAUCUUUAGACAAAUGGCUAAUAGCCAACGAUAUCCCUGGAGAGAUACGAUAUGCAUUGGAAGUUCCAUGGUAUGCUAGCCUACCUAGGGUGGAAGCUCGAUCAUACCUUGAACAAUAUGGUGGAGCAAAUGACAUUUGGAUUGGCAAGACGUUAAAUAGAAUGCCAGACAUAAGUAAUAAUGUAUAUCUUGAGGCCGCAAAAUUAGAUUACAACAAAUGCCAAAGUCAACAUCAAUUUGAAUGGACCAAUAUUCAAGAGUGGUUUACACAAUGCAAUUUUCAACACUUUGGAAUAAGCAAAAAAGAGUUAUUGGAAGAUUAUUUCUUAGGUGCAACAAGUAUAUUUGAAGUAGAGAGGUCAAGGGAAAGACUUGCAUGGGCUAAAUCUCUUAUUAUGUGUAAGAUGAUUACAUCAUACUUCACUCAAGAACAACCUACCACUUGUACUAAAAACAGUAAUGAAACAAGACAGAUGCUUCUGAAUAAUCUUCUUAAGUUUUUGCACCAACUUUCUGAAGAAACUUAUGAGACCUUAGGCAAAGAUAUCCACCUCCAACUACACUCUGCGUGGGGAACGUGGUUGAUGUGUGUUGGAGAGGAGAAAACAGCAUGCCAAAUAGAAGCAGAGCUGCUAGUACGCACAAUUAAUCUUUGUGGAGGACAUAUGGUAGAUGAUGAAAUAAUUUCCAGUACAGACUACAAGAAUAUAUCUAAAGUUACCAAUAAAGUCUGUUUCAAGCUUCAAAAUCGAAAGGUAAUCAGAAAUUUACACGUUGAAUUAGAGAUGAAAGAAGUUGUAAAAUUAGUGUUAGACAAUUCGUCGUGUGGAAUAAAUAAAGAUAUGAAGAAUACAUUUUUGGCAGUUGCUAAGAGUUUUUACUAUAUUGCACAUGUAACAGAGGAACUACUCAACUUUCACAUAUCCAAAGUUCUCUUUGAACCACUUGAAUACGAUUCUUAA